UUUCCCUUUUUGCCUAAAGGAUCACUGGCAAAGCCUUGUUUUCCCAAGCAGCAGAAGUCGGCGAAAUUUAACCUCAGUUUCAAAUUCACCAUCCUUUCAGUUUACAUCAGCUUCAACUUCACCAUAAUUUCAGUUUAAAUUUCUUGCAGUUCUUAACACUUUUUCCUUGAUAAUUCAUUUUGACACUUAUUGUCCAAGAACGGAUGUCUGGUGAAUGGUAUGGCUGGAUAUAUUUUGAACCUGCAAAAUGGAUAAAGGCAUUCAGUCAUGGAUCCUGGUACAUUGGCCGAAAUUAAGAAAUUCUGCGAAAUAGCAGACCAGAAGAAAGAUGAUUCCCCUUUUUUAGUUUUUGAUGUUGAUGAUGUUGUUUGGAAAGUAAAGCACUGGAGAGAGAAAAUGCCUCGUGUAGAACCUUACUACGCUGUGAAAUGUAACAAUGAUCACGUGCUAUUACGAACCCUGGCAGCUCUAAAUGUUGGUUUUGAUUGUGCAAGCAAGGCGGAAAUGGAGACAAUCGUGAACCUGGAUGUUCCAGCCGAUCGCAUUAUCUAUGCCAACACCAUCAAAGGUUUUUCUCACCUUCGCCGCGCAGCAGAAUUAAAGAUUGAACUUUUGACUUUCGACUGCGAGGAGGAACUACUGAAGAUCAAAGAGUUUUAUCCAUCGGCAAAGCUUAUUCUGCGUCUUAAAUUGACUGAUACAAGUGCCUUUAUAAAAAUGAAUGAUAAAUUUGGAUGCGACGAAUCGGAAGUACCUCAUCUUCUAGAUGUAGCGCUACAACACGAUCUCUCUGUCGUUGGAGUGAGUUUUCAUAUAGGCUGCAUGAUCAAGGACCCCUAUGACUAUGCGAUUGCCAUAAAGAUGUGCCGAAAAGUAUUUGAUGCAGCUGAAAAGAAAGGCAUCAGCAUGUAUAUUCUCGACAUAGGCGGUGGUUUUUCUUGUAAGUCUUCUCAAUCCCACAUAAAAGAAGCUUUCUCUGAAAUAGCUGCAGCCAUUAACCAAGUAAUCGAUGAACAUUUUCCUUCCAGAGGGUCAUUUAAAAUCAUAGCCGAACCAGGAAGAUAUUUUGCUAUGACUGCUUUUACAUUGUGUAGUAAGAUAAUCGGGAAAAAGAAGCGAUUCAUCGAUAACGAAGAGGAUACCAUGUACAUCAUAAACGAAGGUGUGCACGGCCUUUUCCUUCUCACAAUACUUCAUGAUGUCAAACCAGUUAUGAAAGAGAUAUCGUCUAGUUCUAAACCCAAACGGAGUAGUGUUUGGGGACAGUCGUGUAAUCCAUCGGAUGUGGUCUUGGAAAAGUGCAUGAUGCCCGACAUGAAGGUGGGAGACUGGAUUGUAUUUGAAGAAAUGGGAGCCUACACAACUGCUUGUGCCUCAAACUUCAAUGGAUUUGAAAAGACUAAAGUGGAACCUGUUGCUUCUCAAAAAACACUGACUGAAUUAGAAAAAAUGGCUGGAUCCAAAGCGAGUCAAAUUUUAUACGAAGAAAUCAAACUAAAGGAAAUGGAUAACUAA